AUGUGCGCUGUGGUUGGCACUUUGGGGCUCCCUGAGCUGGCAGCAGACUGGAGAUCGGAGUCUGCAGGGGCCAGAGGCGCUGACAGAGCCCAGAUGCUCCCAGUCUGUCUGGGGGACUGGGGAGACUGGUGCCAUGGGGUCCUGGAGCCUCUGAAGUGCCGCCCCUCCGUCAACAUGACCAAGGCUAGACCUGCACUUUCUCCAGGCGCAGACACUGUCCGGGCCGCACUGACAGGAGCUGUGGAGUCACAGAUUGAUACAUACAGCACAGCGCUCGCAGCCUGCGCUCUCACGUUAUGUAUGGCCGCUCAUCAGCCGUUCCCAAUUACAGCACGCUAG